AUGGUGGUUGUUGACUGUCUUUGGAAUAACCACAGGUUCUCGGUAGCAAUUGUUCAUGGUUCUAAUGACUAUAUACAAAGGCGUCAUCUUUGGAGGGACAUUCUUGGUUUGGAUACUGGCCCUACUAUUGUUGCUGGAGAUUUUAAUGCCGUUAAAGGCGCUCAUGAGCGUAGCAGUGAUUGUCUUCCGAAUGCGGCUUCCUGUCAGGAUUUCUGUGAGUUCAUUGCGAUGUCUAGACUGAUUGAAUCGCCGUCUAUGGGUCUCAAGUUUACCUGGUCUGGUCGGAAAUUCAUGCCUUCUCACGUGGAAUCUCUUUUGGAUAGGGUGCUUUACUCGAAAGAUUUUGCUUAUCUUUGGAAUUCCAUCUAUACUCAAAAUCUUCCUCGUUUGACUUCGGACCAUUCCCCAAUAGUUUUACGGUGUGUUAAUAAUCAGCAGGGAGGUCCGAGAUUCUUUAAAUUCUUGCAUAUGUGGACGAUGCACAGUUCCUUUCAGGACUUUGUUCGCAGCUCGUGGAUGAAGGGGGUUGAUACUCGUUGCCCCAUUUAUUUAGUGAUGGUUAAACUUAAGCGUCUGAGGGAAGAGUUGAAAACUUGGAAUAAGACGGUCUUUGGUAAUGUUGACAUUAUGGUUUCUGACACCCAAAAGGAGUUAUUGGAAAUUCAGAACCACAUUGCUACUUCUGGCUAUACUCCGGAUUUAUUUGAUCAAGAAGUGACGAUGCAAGCUAAAGUGGGCACGGCUUUGGCAAGGAAAAAUGCGCUGCUCCAGCAAAAAUGUAGGGCCGCCUGGCUCACUGACGGGGAUCGUAAUUCUGCUUUUUUCCAUGCGAUGUUAAGGUAUAAGAAGAAGCCUCAUAUCAUCUCUCAUUUGUCGAUUCAGGGAGAUCUUGAGUAUGAUCAGGAACGUAUCAGUCAGCAUAUUGUGGAUUAUUUCUCUUCUCUGUUCGAAGAUGAGCCGCGUGAUCCAAUUGACAUCACUCUGAUAGAGGCGGUUAUUGAUCCUGUCAUUUCCGAGGGUCAGAAUCAGAUGUUUGUCCGUACGCCUAGUGAAGAAGAAAUCACUGCUGCCGUGUUUGGAAUGGAUUCGAAUAGUUCUCCGGGGCCUGAUGGCUUUCCCGAGAAAUUUUUUCAGAGUUGCUGGGCGAUUAUUAAAGGGGACAUCUGGCAGGCGGUCCGUACCUUUUUUGUGAAAUCCUAUUUGCCAUCGGGUUGUAAUUCCAGUACCAUGGUUUUGUUACCCAAAAAGGAUGUCGUGAGCACGGUGGCUGAUCUCCGGCCUAUUGUGCUCUCAAAUUUCUUCUUCAAAAUUAUCUCUAAAAUUCUGGCUAUGCGGCUGGGGGAGAUUGCUUCUGUUGCGGUUGACACUAACCAAUUUGGUUUCAUUAGUGGGAGGUCAAUUCACGAUUGUAUCAUGCUGGGGUCGGAAGGCGUCAAUUGCAUGAAGAGAACUAACAAUGGUGUCAAUAUGGCUUGUAAAAUUGAUAUCCAAAAAGCGUUUGACACUUUAAGAUGGGACUUCUUGCUCUUGGUUCUUAAAAUGAGAGGUUAUGAUGCUAUUUUUAUUCGUUGGAUUGAGAUUAUCCUACAUUCUGCUCGUCUCUCCAUUCUUUACAAUGGCCGUUUACAUGGGUAUUUUGCUUGCUCCAGGGGUGUUAGGCAGGGCGACCCUCUUUCUCCGAUUCUCUUUGGAAUUGCCGAGGAUUUUCUCAGUGUUCUUUUCCAGAAUUGUGUCACGUCUGGUCAUCUUUCACCUAUGUCUAUGAGUAGGGAAAACCUUUUUCCUACUCACUUGCUUUAUGCGGAUGAUAUUUUGGUGUUUUGUAAGGCUUCGGUUCGUAAUGCUGAGACUAUUAAGCACAUUUUGGAUUUUUAUGGCUCUUUAUCUGGUCAAAUUUGCAGCACUCAAAAGUCCUAUAUUUAUUACUCGAACAGGGUUUCCACCUCCCUUCGUCAUGCUAUCGGUCGUGUCAUCUGCUUCAAGAAGGGUACACUUCCUUUCAUUUAUCUUGGUGUGCCUCUUUUUGUGGGCAGGAUCAGAGCCUCCUACUUGAGAAGUAUUCAUGAUCGUAUUAUUAAUAAGUUUUCGAAUUGGCGGGGACGGCAUCUUUCUAUGGCGGGUAGGAUUUGCCUUGUCAUAUCGGUUAUUCAUAGUUCUCUCACACAUUCUAUGAUGGUCUAUAGGUGGCCUAAAUCUCUCAUCAAAGAGUUGGAUGGUUGUUGUCGUAACUUUAUUUGGACUGGUGACACUAAGAAAACGCCUUCGUGUUCGGUUGCUUGGAAUAGGGUGUGUGCUAUUAAGGAAGAGGGAGGGCUUGGCAUCCGUUCGUUUUCCUUGAUGAACAAAUGCUUUCUCAUGAAACGGGCCUGGCAUAUCGUUGGGGGAAAUGAUUUUGGGAUGGACAUCAUGAGGAAACGCUAUCUUACGAAGUUUGGGCAGAUGAAGCUUCUUACUGCUUCCUCCUCGGUUUGGAUGGGGUUGCGUCAGGAGAUUUCACCUCUUAUUAAUGAGUCUUAUUGUUGUCUUGGGAGCGGAAAAGAUACUAACUUCUGGACUGACGAUUGGAUGGGUUAUCAGAUUGCUCGGAAAUGUGGUGUGCCACAUUAUGUUAUGGAUUUUCUGACGCAUUCCGUGGCGGAUUACUUUUAUGACGGAAUUUGGCAUUUCACAAGUAGUUUUGUUGAAAACUUCCCGGAUGUGGUUUGUGAUAUUCUGUUGAUCCCUAUUGGUGAUAAUGAUGAUAUUAGGUUGUGGAAACCGUCUCUCCAUGGAACGGUCACUGCUGCUCUAGCCUAUGCUCACCAUUGUCAUCGUUACCCUAAAGUGAAAUGGGGUUCUUGGAUUUGGGAGAAUUUUAUUCCUACUCGGCGCUCGUUGGUUGUUUGGCGUGUGCUACAUGACAGACUCCCAACCUUUGAUAGACUCAUCAAGCAGGGCAUGAUCACGCCAAAUUUUUGCCCUUUUUGUUUCUCAGACGAGGAAUCAAUUUCUCACAUCUUCUGGUCUUGCGCUCGGGUUCAACCUAUUUGGCAAGAGUUGCUCCAAUGGUUUGAUAUGACUCAGAUUUUGCAUAAUUCGGAUAUUGGUUCGGUCUUGGUGGAUGCUUGGAAUAGCACCUUCAGCUCGCAGCUGGAAACUUAUUGGAAGGCUGGGAUCAUUACCCUCAUUUGGUUCCUUUGGAGACAAAGAAACCUUUGUAUCUUUGAAGAUGAGAGUUGGGACUACAAGCAAGCGAUUAAAUUCGUUAGAGUGUCUUUCCUUGAAAUUGAGCAGAAUUUCACUAAAGUCGGGCACAUGAAUAACUCUUGGGCUGAUCUUAGCAUGUUGAGAAACAUAGGGAUUAAAGGACGUGCGGCGCCGCCGCCAGAAUUUAUUAAUGUCUAUUGGUGGCCACCGUCGGGUGAAUGGAUUAAGGUUAAUACGGACGGCUCGGCGCUUGGAGCCCUGGGAAAGAUUGCUGCGGGUGGCGUGUUUCGGGAUAAAUUCAGUUGGGUUCGAGGCUGUUUUCACAUUAAGGGCGGGAUUGGAUAUGCUUUUGAGGCCGAACUGUUAGCAGUUAUUACCGCUCUUCGUCUGGCUCACGACCGUAAGUGGCACUAUCUCUGGAUUGAAUCGGAUUCCACAGAGGGCAAUAAGGUCGCUGAUAUCCUUGCUGCGCCUAACAUGGAGGAAGGAUGGUGGUUGACGGAAAUUGAUGCUAUUAAACUUGCGUUGGCGGGGGAUGCUUUUGUUGGGGAUGGCGGAAGUUGCAGGUUUGAGAUUGGCAAUUUUAACAAUUUUGAUGCAGACAUGGGGUAUAAAUGCAAGUGUGAGUUGGACUCUUUCAGCAAAGGCGACAAUCCAGCUGAAAAGAGCUCCUCCUUUUGGUGGCGUUUGGUCCGGUUUUUUGAUCGAACAGUUGGCGGAGGUGAGUUUGGUUUGGGUUUGUUCCGAGGGGAGGCUGUUCUCUUCCUCCCAACUGAGACGAAUCCUUGCGGUGCUUUUCUUGAUCACAUGGGACGUUGCUUCAUGAGUGAGUGCGACUAUUUCAGCGACGGCGACAUUCCGGCUGAGAUAUGCUCUUCUUACUUAUGGUGCUGGGUCAGUAAUUUCAUCAAACAGUUGGCGGGGGAUGCUUUUGUUGGGGAUGGCGGAAGUUGCAGGUUUGAGAUUGGCAAUUUUAACAAUUUUGAUGCAGACAUGGGACAUAAAUGCAAGUGUGAGUUGGACUCUUUCAGCGACGGCGACAAUCCGGCUGAAAAGAGCUCCUCCUUUUGGUGGUGUUUGGUCCGGUGUUUUGAUCGAACAGUUGGCGGAGGUGAGUUUGGCUUGGGUUUGUUCCGAGGGGAAGCUGUUCUCUUCCUCCCACCUGAGACGAAUCCUUGCGGUGCUUUUCUUGAUCACAUGGGACGUUGCUACAUGAGUGAGUGCGACUAUCUCAGCGACGGCGACAUUCCGGCGGAGAUAUGCUCUUCUUACUUAUGGUGCAGGGUCAGUAAUUUCAUCAAACAGUUGGCAGCGGUUUGCUGCAAUGGGACUUGGCUUGAUGGAAACUGGAGGCGGAUACGACGUCGUGACUUUCACAGUGACGCUCUUCACAACUUCGGUCUGAUGGUUUUUGGUGGGAUUUAG